UGGGGCGUGGCCAGCGGAGGAAGCUUGCGCAUCUGAUCACCCAGGGACUAUAGUAAUAAUGGUUCGUAGCUAAACCGCGGACUGAGUCGCACCAGUGCAUGAUUGAAUCCGCUGGGUAGGAAGCAGAUUCCUGAUCGAAAUGUUUGAGAACCUGCGGGAGCGACUGCUCACUGUGCAGCAGGACCUCACGAGCGGCCUCAAGAGUUUGAGUGACAAGUCAAAGGAAACAAAGAUAAAGACACACAGACCUACUGAUCAUCUGUCACAUUUUCCAGCUGGUGUAGAGCUCCUUAGCAGAUAUGAAGAUACUUGGGCUGCCCUGCAUAGAGGAGCUAAAGAGGCGGCUAAAGCUGGAGAGCAAGUGGACACUGAAGUUGUGAUGCUUUCAGCUCAUUGGGAGAAAAAAAGAAAUGGUCUUGUUGAGCUUCAGGAACAGCUUCAGCAGAUACCUGUAUUCUUAGCAGAUCUCGAGAGUGUGACAGCCAGAUUGGUUGAGUUGGAAGGUGGUUUUGAAGAUAUUGAAAUGCGCCUGUUUGAGCUGGAGGAGCUGUGUGAACAGUGUGAAAUAAAGAAAUUUAAGCAGAUGCAAUACCUGCAGCUAGAGAACUACAAGAAAAAGAAAAGGAAGGAGCUUGAACGUGUUAAAGCCGAUCUGGACUCGGAACAUACCCAGAGGGUUCUAGACAUGGAAUAUGCCCAACAGAUGAAACUAAAGGAGCGGCAGAAGUUCUUUGAAGAGGCUUUUCAGCAAGACAUGGAGCAGUACCUCUCUACAGGAUAUCUGCAGAUAUCAGAGAGACGAGAACCUAUUGGAAGUAUGUCCUCCAUGGAAGUCAAUGUGGAUAUGUUAGAGCAGAUGGACCUGAUGGACAUGUCUGACCAAGAAGCAUUAGAUGUCUUCUUAAAUUCCGGAGGGGAGGACAACAGUGUGCUAUCUCCAAUAAUAGGACCUGAUUUUGCAUCCUGUCGAAAUGAAAUAACUCUUCAGGUCCCCAGCCAAGCUGAGCUAAGGCACAAGCAUUCUUCAUUGUCGUCUACAUGCACAGACUCUGUGAGCCAGGAGAAUAGUGAAGAUGGAGGAGAAUCUCCUGAUAUUCAGUCAGAUGAUGAGGACGUUCAUGUAGAACCUGUUUUACCGGGUGCGGCUCAGGCUGUGAAAACAAAUUCUGAUGUCAGCGAUGAAAGCGAUACUCACAACGCAUGAAUGCAGGAUCUCCUAUUCUUCUCUGUGAAUGAACCAAAAGCUUGUACUAUUUCACCUGAAAAGCCAGAUACUUUUACUGAUGAGGAACACUUUGCUUAUUACUAUUUUACACAAAUAAUUGUGUACUGAGGUACAAUUAAAUGGAAAAAAAAGUCCUGUAAUAAAAUGUUGUGAAAACAAAAUAGUACAUUUUAUACCAGCAAUAUGUGGUAAAAAUUGGAAAAAUGCUGAGCUAUGUAUUUUUUUUUCUUAAAGCAGACAAAUUUAUAUAGUAUUUUUUUUCCUCAAAGAAACAUAUUGUCUGCAUGUUAACCACAUUAAAUGAAAAGUUAAUUUUAUUAUACUUUUAUUAACGCUGAAUCUAUUUAAGUAUGACAGAGCCUGUGAUCAUGUUGUACUACAGUAGUUGUUCAACAAUAAAUUGCCGUAUUGAUACGGCAAGGAAUAAAAAUAUUAAUAAUUUGUAAACUAUAGCUCGCAUGAAGGGUGAAAUUGGAAAUAGGAUCAUUUUUUGUAUUGUUAAAAUUAUGAAAAUACAGAAUUUGCCAGAGCUGUAGAAACAAAUGAUAAUAAUAUUAGUGAAAGCUGAAUUAACCUCAAAGGAAAAUAAUUCCCGUAUUCUUUUUUGUGCCAAUUAUCAUGCUAUACAACUUAAAUGAUUUGAGAAAUGAAUAAAUCUUUCUGUGAAUGCUCUUACUAGGGUAAUAACUACAUCUCACUGUGAAACUACAUUUAAAUUACAUGUGUUGCUGAGAGCAGAUUUGUUUGAAUAGACUUAACAUUUCUAAAAUAUGGACGUAUGCAAAUAUUUUGCAAAAAAAAAAAAAAGUAUUGUUCUACUGAACAUUUAUCUGGGAAAUAAAUAAUUUAUUUGCCAUUUUUAUGUCCUAUGAAAGAAAGCAUGUAGUUUAACAUUGAGAUUCCAAAAAUAAAUUCUGCAUAUCACUAAAUGAUGCUCAGUGCCGAUUAUUUGUGUUAACAUUUCACAAAAUUUCUUAAACCAGUAUUUUAUUAUGUUUUUAGCCGGCAUAUUAGAAUAAUAGUUACUAUAGCAAUUGUUUUGUUUUUGCUUUUUCAUUAUUUGCGCUUUGUGACUUUUCAUUUUUUUUUUUUUUUUUACAAUGAAUUUUGUUUUGUUGAUGUAAAAGUUUAUUAAAUGUAUUGGUAAUGUCAAUAAAAGCAAAACAAUCCCCCCCCCCAUUUAAAUUUACCGUCAAUUUGUUGGUGACAAAUCUGUAGGAAAUGUUCCAAAAAGCAUUCAAUACAGUUUUAUUGGGGACAAAUUCUGAAUGAUGCAUCAAAUUAAUAUUUUAGCAACAACAUUAUUUUCAUUUUAGUUAAAAAAGCAAGUCUUAUUCAGUUUAUUUAAGUUCCUUUUGUAUUUUAUAAUGUCCAAUAUGUUUUUUGGAAACAUAUCAACAUUUCUUUGUUGACCUAGUUUUAUUUCCAAAUACUCAGAUAUAAUUAGGAGUUUCUGAAUGAAUAUGCACAAAUGAUAGUACUCUUGAGAUUUUCUGGAAUACGUUGUUGCCCAUAUGUACACCUUUUUAUUCAAGUGUAAAAUUAAACUAAAAUGCUCUCUUUUGAUUUGCAAUGAA